CACCACUUAGGAUCCCAAUUCCACUAGUCUGCCUUCUGCUUUUUACCCAUCUGUAACAAUGGCUUCAGCCCAUGAUAGAGCAGUACUUCAGGCUAUCUUUAACCCCACCAGCCCGUCUGGAGAUGUCCCUGGGUUAAACCAAGACGAGGAACUGGCAGAUGAUGGUAAAUACCUUUUCAUUCCAAUGGAUUUGAGUUGUCAUGUGUGCUGGUGGUUGUCAUGUCUGUUGGUGGUUGUCGUGUGUUGGUGGUUGUCAUGUGUGUUGGUGGUUGUCAUGUGUUGGUGGUUGUCAUGUGUGUUGGUGGUUGUCAUGUGUUGGUGGUUGUCAUGUGUGUUGGUGUGAUGUGCUGUUUCAUGUUCAUCAUAUGGACUCCAGAGCAUUUAUAUUCCUCUUAAAGUCAUUUAAAAACUGGAUUAUUCAAUGUGUAUAAAGGUCUGGUGUUUAGUCUUCUGUACCACAACACCUGUCAUUCCAUCAAAACACUGUUUAUCUGUCUCCUAAAGACAGUGGCUUUGAGGUGGGGCUGCUACAGCAGGCCAAAGAGCUGGAGAUGGAAGGGGUUACAGCAGCAGAGUCCGGGGAUCUACCCACAGCCCUGGAACGGUUUAGCCAGGCCAUAGACACACUUCCUCAGAGAGCCUCUGGCUACAACAACAGGGCCCAGACCAGACGACUCCAGGAGGACACAAAAGGUAUUUCUAUAACACCGCAGGAGGCUGGUGAGGGGCCACCUAUAUACUGCAGGGAGGUCAGUCGCCGUACUUUCACUUUCAAAUCACCCACUAUGUAGUGGUUUAUACAAUCUAUAUAAUCUACAGUUCAGUACGCUAUGAAAAUAUGUCUCUGAAAUCAACCACAUGCAGUGACAGUGUUCUACCAAAUAUAAUUUUCUGGGGAUUAUUUGUGACGUUAUCAACCACAUUUUAAUCUAAAACCUCACAUGUCCUUGAAAGUAACCCUGUUAAAAUCAACAUACAAACUGUAUCCCCCAGGAGCCCUAGAGGACCUGGAGCUUAUCUUUAUCUGUGGGUUCUGUGUCCCCCAGGAGCCCUAGAGCACCUGGAGCUUAUCUUUAUCUGUGGGUUCUGUAUCCCCCAGGAGCCCUAGAGGACCUGGAGUUUAUCUUUAUCUGUGGGUUCUGUAUCCCCCAGGAGCCCUAGAGCACCUGGAGCAUAUCUUUAUCUGUGGGUUCUGUAUCCCCCAGGAGCCCUAGAGGACCUGGAGCUUAUCUUUAUCUGUGGGUUCUGUAUCCUCCAGGAGCCCUAGAGGACCUGGAGCUUAUCUUUAUCUGUGGGUUCUGUAUCCCCCAGGAGCCCUAGAGCACCUGGAGCUUAUCUUUAUCUGUGGGUUCUGUAUCCCCCAGGAGCCCUAGAGCACCUGGAGCUUAUCUUUAUCUGUGGGUUCUGUAUCCCCCAGGAGCCCUAGAGCACCUGGAGCUUAUCUUUAUCUGUGGGUUCUGUAUCCCCCAGGAGCCCUAGAGCACCUGGAGCUUAUCUUUAUCUGUCGGUUCUGUAUCCCCCAGGAGCCCUAGAGGACCUGGAGCUUAUCUUUAUCUGUGGGUUCUGUAUCCCCCAGGAGCCCUAGAGGACCUGGAGCUUAUAUUUAUCUGUGGGUUCUGUAUCCCCCAGGAGCCCUAGAGCACCUGGAGCGUAUCUUUAUCUGUGGGUUCUGUAUCCCCCAGGAGCCCUAGAGCACCUGGAGCUUAUCUUUAUCUGUGGGUUCUGUAUCCCCCAGGAGCCCUAGAGCACCUGGAGCUUAUCUUUAUCUGUGGGUUCUGUAUCCCCCAGGAGCCCUAGAGCACCUGGAGCUUAUCUUUAUCUGUGGGUUCUGUAUCCCCCAGGAGCCCUUUAUCCCCCAGGAGCCCUGAGCCUGGAGCUUAUCUUUAUCUGUGGGUUCUGUAUCCCCCAGGAGCCCUAGAGCACCUGGAGCUUAUCUUUAUCUGUGGGUUCUGUAUCCCCCAGGAGCCCUAGAGCACCUGGAGCUUAUCUUUAUCUGUGGGUUCUGUAUCCCCCAGGAGCCCUAGAGCACCUGGAGCUUAUCUUUAUCUGUGGGUUCUGUAUCCCCCAGGAGCCCUAGAGCACCUGGAGCUUAUCUUUAUCUGUGGGUUCUGUAUCCCCCAGGAGCCCUAGAGGACCUGGAGCAUGCCAUCACUCUGAGUGGGGGUGUAGGGCGUACAGCAUGUCAGGCUCUGGUCCAGAGAGGCCUGCUGCUGAGGCUGGCCUGCCAGGAUGAUAAGGCCCGGGAGGACUUCCAGAGGGCAGCCGCCCUAGGUAGCGAGUUCGCCCGGCAACAGGUGGUGGUCCUGAACCCGUACGCUGCCCUCUGCAACCGAAUGCUGAUGGAGGUCAUCAACAAGCUACGCAACCCGGAGGUGUCAGAGACACAGUAGUCAAAAUAUAAGGCUUACCAGCCCAACACUGCCACACCAAAUACAUUUGUAUCACUUGUGCAUGCAUUAAAUGUUGUAUUGAGGAACAAAUUAAUACA